UUUUUCUGAGCAUUGGCUUUGGCAUCAACCGUCGUUCAUCACAAUCUCUGUUCAAUAACCUGUCUACCCACUACUACUGUGCUACUAGCUAGUACUACAAAGUGUUGUUGUCUACACCAUGUCCUCUGCCAGCCGCCGCCAGAAGAAAAGCGCUGCUUUGGCCAGUCUCCGCCAGCGUCGGCAACAGGGAUUUGAUUUGGACGAUGUAGAGAUCAAGGAUGAAGAAGAUAUCUAUGAAGUGGUUGAUGAAGAGGAAUACGGAAAGUUGGUCAAUGCCCGCCGUCAACGAGAAGAUUUCAUUGUCGACGAUGACGGAUUGGGGUACUAUGAUGAUGGAGAAGAACAUUUGGGAGGAGAGCCAGAUGAGGGCGGUAAUACUAAUCGCAAGAGAGCCAAUAACGGCAAUGCCACAUUGACCAAGACGGCAUUGAAAAAGGCCAAACGCAACAAGACGCUCUUGGAUCAAGCUGGAAUGGAACAAGACAAGUCCCAACCAAGCAUGUGGAAUUUUGUCACACAAGGAACUGCCACAGGUCCUGCUUUUGGAGGUGGAUCCAACAACAACAAAAACAAAAAGUCCAGCAGCAGUCGAUAUGGUGGUGCUUCCGCGACUACCAAUGUGGAUGAUCUCUUGAAGCAGCUGGAUAAUGCUCCUCUCUCCACCAGUCGACGCCGCAGUUCGUCUGCUCCUCGUCGUCGCAGUCGGGGACGUCAGUCGAAUUCUGGAAGGAGGCGUUCAGAAUCACAACCUCGUCGCAGCAGGGAAGUGGACCGUCAGAAAGCGGAUGCCCAUGAUCAUGAAGAAGAUGAUGAUGAUAAUAUGGGCAUGAUGCCCUUUGACGAUGGAAACGAUGAUGAUCACUAUGACGAUGACGACGUUGGAAAAGAUCAGGACAUGGCACCAGAUGAGGAAAAACCUGACGAGGAAAAGACCAACACCGAAGGUACAAGGGUCCGCUUUGCUCCGGACGCCAAUGACGGAGGUAAUGAUGGAGACGUUGAAAUGGCUACGGAUGAGACCAAAGACGGCAACAAGGAUGAUAUCAACCGCGCAGCUGUGGAUACCAACCAUGACGCAUCUGAUGAUAAGGACAAGGAGGAGGACGAAGAGGAAGCUCCUCGACCACGCAAGCGUCUGGCGCGAAGAAAACUGGGACAAGACAUGUCGGCUCCCGCCAAAAAGGCAAUGGAAGAAAAGGAAAUUGCCAACCAAAAGAAGCAGCCGGAGCCGACACCAGAAGAGCAGUCGAAAAAGUCUGCUGUCACUAUGGCUGCCAUGACUGCGACAUUCAAACCGGACGAAAUGGCCGCUGCAGGAUCCUCCAACGCCGCCACAACCGCAGCGUCCUCUGCCGAGCUGGGCGCAUUCCUUCAAACCAAAGAAACAGAAAGUGGCGACGCCGAACAGUACAUUGACUUUUUCUGGAUUGACAUUGCUGACAGGGGAAAUGGAGAGAUCCUCUUGUUUGGAAAGGUGGCAGUUCCCCCGGAACCAAAGAGCAAGAACAGCAAGCCACAGUUUGUCAGCUGUUGUGCUCUCAUCAAGAACAACUUGCGCAAUCUUUUCGUGUUGCCUCGCGUCAAUGAAGAAACGGGAGAGUAUGCCCCUCUUCAAAAGGUUCAUCAGGAAAUCAAUUCCGUCUUGAAGGGGCCGAUCAUUCCCAAGGUGGAAGGAGCGUGGUGGAGGGGCAAACCCGUCACUCGCAAGUAUGCAUUUGAUGACUGCUCCAUUCCUAGGGAUGAAACGGAGUAUCUCAAGGUUGUUUACGAUGCCAAAUUUCCCAGUCCGUCCCAAGAAAUCUGCGAAAAGGGGGGAGAGCACUUUCAGAAGAUCUUGGGUGGUGGCGCGUCCGUCCUGGAGACAUUCAUUGUCAAACGGGAGCUUUUGGGACCCUGUUGGAUUCGUAUCAAGCAACCAGUCGCCACGCGAGCACCAGUUUCUUGGUGUAAGCUAGAAUUGCAGGUGAACGACCCAAAGAACAUUAAGCGAUUGGAUCUUCUUGAGCCUGGCAAUCGCCCCCCACCCCCUGUUGUAGCAGUCUCGAUCAAACUCAAGACGGUGGUCAACCCCAAGACGCAAAAGUCGGAAAUCGUGACCGUCAGUGCCGUCUGCCACAAGGAAGUUCUGUUGGAUACUGCUUCCGAUGAGUCAGUUCGACACAUGUCGCAAAUCACCAUCAUUCGCCCAUUGGCAAGGGGUGACCUCGGGGGAGCUGUUCCCAAGUUCCCGCGAGACUUUGAAAGAGAGGCGUCCAGAAAUAUGCCAGAUCUCUGCCGCGAGUACAACGAACGAGCCCUCUUGUGUCGUCUCCUUGCUCAACUGGGACAGUGGGAUCCUGACGUCCUUGUGGGGCACAAUAUCUGGGGCUUUGACGCAGAAGUCCUGCUGAAUCGUUGCCGGGAACUGAAGGUGUCGCUCUGGUCCAAGCUGGGCCGUCGUCGUCGCAUGCAAAUGCCUUCCAAGAGUUCACACUCUGGACGCAAGGACUACGCUAUUGCUGAUGCCAUGUCCGGACGCCUCUUGUGUGAUACCUACUUGAGCGCCAAGGAACUUCUUCGGGAAACAACGUAUUCACUCACAAACUUGGCUGCUACGCAACUCAAGACACAAAGGGUGGAGGUUGAACCGGUGGAUAUCCCUCAGUGGUAUGAGUCUAGCAAGACAAUCGUGCGGCUGGCACAACACACGCUUUUUGAUACGCAACUCGUCCAUCGCCUCAUGUUCAAGUUGCAAAUCUUGCCACUGACGAAGCAGCUAACCUGCAUCGCCGGAAACCUAUGGUCGCACACGAUGAAAAGUAACCGCGCAGAGAGGACAGAGUAUCUGUUGCUACAUGAGUUUCAUCGCCUGAAGCACUUGGUGCCCGAGAAACGACGCCCUGGAAGCAAGAAGGGCGCUGCUGGAAAAGGAAAGGCCAAGUACAGCGGAGGUUUGGUGCUUGAACCUAAGAAAGGACUGUACGAUUCCUUCAUCUUGCUGCUGGAUUUUAACAGUUUGUACCCUUCCCUUAUCCAAGAGUACAACUUGUGCUUCACAACCAUCGAAUGGGCCACGUUCGCCACGCCGGUAGAAGCUGCUGAAGGCGAGGAGGAAGAAGUGUCCAAGAACUUGCCUCCGCUUCCCGACGAGUCCAAGGGGCAGGGUGUCCUACCACGAGUCAUUAAGAAUUUGGUUGAGCGCCGACGAAACGUGAAGAAGAUGCUAAAGUCAGAAAAGAACGCUGACAAGGCGAAAGAGCUUGAUAUUCGCCAGCAAGCGCUCAAACUCACAGCCAACUCGAUGUACGGUUGUCUCGGUUUCUCUAACUCUCGCUUCUAUGCCCAACCUAUUGCUGCCAUGGUUACAAUGAUGGGACGCGAAACUCUUCAACGAACUGUGACUAUCGCCCAGGACUCGGUAGGACUCGAUGUCAUCUACGGUGACACUGACAGUAUCAUGAUCAACACGCGCCUUAGCAACGAAGCCGACUUGCCGAAGGUCAAAGAGCUGGGUGAACGAGUCAAGAGAGAGGUGAAUCGACUCUACCGAACUCUGGAACUAGAAAUAGAUGGAGUCUUUCGCUCAAUGCUGCUUCUCAAGAAGAAAAAGUACGCUGCCAAGACUGUUGUGGAGGGACCCGACGGCAUCACGUACGGACAGGAGCUCAAAGGACUCGAUCUAGUUCGGCGUGACUGGUGUAUUCAGUCGAAGGAUACUGGUCGUUUUUUGGCUGAUCAGAUCCUUUCUGGGGAAGAUCCCGAAAUCGUAGUGAACAACAUCCACAAUCACCUAGAAGAGCUUGCGAAAAAGAUGCGAAACAACGAGUUGCCACUGGAAAAGUACACAAUCACCAAGGGGCUUAGCAAGCACCCCAACGAUUACCCAGACGGCAAAUCUCAGGCUCACGUCCAUGUUGCAAAGAUGAUGCUCAAGGACAAUCGACCGGUGAACACGGGAGAUCACAUUCCCUACAUCAUUACUGCACCCAUUGGGACCCCCAACAAAGACGAAAAAGUGCCCACACCAGCUGAGCGUGCCCGCCAUCCCGAUGAAAUCCUCCGAAGUGGUGGCGUUCUAAAGCCAGACGUCGAGUACUAUCUGGCCCAACAGAUCCUGCCACCGGUGGCUCGUCUCUGUGAGCCUAUCCAACAAACUUCGCAGCGUGUUCUCGCAUCCAAGAUGGGGCUUGACUCAGCCAAGUACAGUCAAAGUGCCGCUUUCGGUGACGAAGAAUUCGACAACGAUGAUGUUGAUUACACUCCAGAGUCUUGUAAGCCGGACCGCGAACGUUUCCAAAACGUGGAGAAGUUCAAGUUCCGAUGCUCUGCUUGCAAAGUCGAAAGCGAGUUCCCGGGCGUCUUUCAUGUUGCCAAGAAUCCUGACGGUACCGUUCUGGUGGAAGGUCUCCGUUGCGUGAAUCCAGAGUGCUCUUCACCCAACUUUUGGGGGUGCAACAAUCACUUCCAGUGCUUUGCCCGACUCGGCAACGCCAUGACGCUGUGGGUACACAACCUCCACAAGAAGUACUACGAGGGUGUGAUCCGCUGUGAUGAGCCAAUGUGUAGCCUCGAGACUCGCCAGCUGUCUGUCCACGGCGGCAUUUGCUUGAGGCGUGGAUGCAACGGGCGCAUGAAGUCAGUUUGCACGGAGCGUGCUGUUCAUACACAGCUCAAGUACCUCGAAACGCUGUUCGACAUUGAACAUGCAUGCGAACAGAAGAAAACAUUUGGCAAAGCGAGAGACCUUCAGAAGAAUCUCUCCCGAGAAGGCAAGGUCGUCUUUGAAGAGUUGCACAAGCGAUCCCAGCAGUAUCUGAGUGUGAGCGCCUUCAAUUGGGUCUCACCUUCGUUUUGGCAGUCGAUGAUUGCUGGCGGGGCUCAAUCCUCAGCACUUCAGUAGGCUGUGCUGAAGUCGGGCCUACUAUGGUACCGGUAGCUUGAAAACGGGCCAGGGAAGAUAUUCGUUACUUUAGCAAAAGGAAAUAACCUGACUAUUUGGUGUGCAUGGACAACAGUUGUUCUAUUCCAGAGAACUAGAUCUACUUUUUGAUUUGUCUCUCGCAUCAGACAGCCAGGUUGACUGUCACUUUUACAC